UGUUUAUAUUUUUAUUGCUCCUCUUUUAAAUGUCAUUUGUAUAUGUGUUAUUCAAAAAUUCAAUUAAAAAUUAUUAGUAAAAAUUACGACCGGAUGCUUAUUCAUUUUUCUUGAGAGUAGUAAACAGAUGAUUAACACGUGUCUAAUAUAUAUACAAUAUAAACAACGCAUUUUAUACCACGUUAGAUAAACACUACUAUUAACGUCCAGUUUGAGCACUUAAAUUUAUUUUUUAGCUUUCAGUGAUAAAAUGGAAAAUUCUACAUACUACAACAUUGGAUUACAGUUUAUAGAAGCUUGUGUUGACAUUGAAUAUUUAAGUUGGCUGAUUUGGUUAUUUACACCUGUAGUUGUAACUUUCUUACUUCCACUUGUGAUAAUAUUUUUGCUGUAUUUAUCAGCUCUCUUUCUAUAUCUGUAUCGCUAUAGACAUAGGCUGAAGGAUGCUUAUUCUAGGGAUUUUUGGAACGGUGCUCGAAAUACUAUUGCUACGCUUUGGGGUGCUCACGGUUGGAUUUGGCAUGGAUAUGAAGUUGAUGGAUUUGAAAACAUUCCCGAUUCAUCUCCUGCACUCUUAGUUUAUUACCACGGUGCAAUUCCCAUUGAUUAUUAUUAUUUAAUGUCCAAAUGUUUUGUUGAAAAACAAAGAUUAAUUAGAGCAGUGGGAGAUCAAUUUUUAUUCAGAAUUCCAGGCUAUGUCUUGACUAGUUAUCUGAACUCUAAGCCAACUGAGUUUUAUCAGUGGUUCUGUUGGCUUCAUAUUUCAUAUAACUCAAAGAUAAAACACCGAAAAGGAUGGAAUAUAUUAUUAGAAGUAUUAAAAGUAUCACCAGGAUCAAUUCAGAGCUGUGUCCAAACAUUGGAAGAAGGACAUCUUCUUUCAAUAUCACCUGGAGGUGUUUUGGAAGCACAAUUUAGUGAUGAAAAUUAUCAUUUAUUAUGGGGAAAACGCAUAGGUUUUGCUAAAGUUGCUCUGAAGGCUAAAGUCCCAGUCAUUCCUAUUUUCACCAAAAAUGUCAGAGAGUCUUUUCGUUCCAUUAGCAUUGGUAGAAGAUUAUUCAGGAAGGUUUAUGAUAAGCUGAGAUUACCAGUAGUACCAGUAUAUGGAGGCUUUCCAGUUAAACUCACAACAAUAAUAGGAAAACCAAUUCCUUUUGAUCCUAAUUUAACUCCUGAAGAAUUAGCAAGAAAGACUGCAGAAGCUAUACAGAAUUUAAUAAAAACUCACCAGAAGAUUCCAGGAAGUAUUCUCCGUGCAUUAUUUGAAAGAAUUUAUGAAAAACGCAAAAAUAUUUAAAAUAUAUCUUUCAACAAUUUAUCAUAAAUGCCAUUGAUAAAAGAAUGCCAUUACAAAGAAUUGUGAUAUGAUUAAAUGGAUGCAAAAAUAUAUAUAUAUAUUUUUUACAAUUAAAGAAUUAGGGAUCUUUGUUACAAAUAUUGUUGUGAAAAUGUUUUUGACAAUGUUUCACAGUCUGUGGUAUGUAAAUCCCAGUUCCAAAAUUCCAUAAUCUUUUAAUGAUAAAAGUUCAUGUUGCAGACACAAGAAACAUCACCAAAUUAAAUUUAUUUUAAGUCAUUUAUAAAUAAGAAAAAUAUACAAAUUUACAAGUUAAUUUAUUUAACAAAAGCUUUAUCACAAUAUUAAUUA